AUGGCUACCGUCAACAUUUUGUACCCCUCCGGUCCCGCCUUUGACCUCGACUACUUUCUGAACAAGCACUUUAAAAUCGUCGAAGAGAACUGGAAGCCGUUUGGCCUGCAGAGCUGGGAGGUCAUUGAGCUGGCGCCCGGCCAAAAGUACCAGAUCCAGGCGAUUCUGAAGUGGGACAGCCUCGAGUCUCUGGAAAAGGCAAAGGGGGGUGAGGCCGGCGCCAAGGUCUUUGGCGACAUUGUGCAGUAUACCGCGGCGAAGCCGGAUGUGGUGGUGGGCAACAGACGCGCUGGACAGAGUCUGCUCUGA